AUGAAGGAAAUGGUAUUGAAAAAGAGAACGUUUUUGCAUGAUGCUAUAGACAUGGUGUCGAUGGGGAGUCAUACACUCGAAAACGACGACUUUACAAGAUGCUUUCAACCAGCAGCGGCAAUCGAAAUGGACUCAAGCGGGAUAUUUUAUACGUUCUCCUUUGUAAUAAGAUAUUUUAUUUUGUUCCCGAUGAGGAUAGCAUUUCUUAUCUUGUCUAUGGCCGUUUUCUUUCUUAUGAUACUCCGAGCAGCAUUUACAAAAAAUAACAUGCAUCUGGAGAGUGCAUUGAUAUUUGGAGCCAAGUCCUUGAUGCUUGCAAUGAAUGCAAAGAUAAAGCACCGAGGGAUAAAAAAGAGGCAAGCAGAGCCUCAUCUGUAUGUUUCAAAUCAUACAUCAUUUGUGGACUUCUUUCUCCUCUGCAGCCAUAAGUUUCCUCAUGCCUGUGUUUCCGAAAUGCAUGGUGGGCUUUUUGGGUUUUUGUUCAACUCCAUCUUGAUAAGAAACGGAUCCAUUGGAUUCAAGAGGAGUGAAAAGGUUGACAGGCAGCUUGUUGUGGAGAAGAUCAAGGAACAUGUGAGCUCUGGAGGAGCACCUAUGCUGAUUUUUCCAGAAGGAACAUGCGUCAACAACAAGUUUUCGGUACUGUUCCAGAAAGGUGCCUUCGAGCUCGGUGUAACAAUAUAUCCUGUAGCCAUAAGGUUCCGUAGAGGGCUGUUUGAUCCCUACUGGAACAGAAGAAACCAUGGGUUUGCCAUGCACAUGUUUUAUCUCAUGACCCGAUGGAGACUUGAGGCCGAGGUUACAUGGAUGAAACCACAUAACAUUAUGAAGAACGAAUCCCCUACUCAGUUUUCUCAUCGAGUCAAAGCCGCCAUUUCCAAGGAGGCUGGGCUAAGGAACACAUUAUGGAAUGGCUUUCUCAAGAGUAGCCCGGCUAUCAAAGAUAGAGAAAUACUCAGGGAAUCUUAUUUAAUAACAUACGGAAGGAUUGUAUCAAACUCUCUAGACAAAAGUAAUGCUGUCGAUGUAGAGAAAAACAGAUUCUAUUUAUACGAUAACAAUAUCGACUUUUCUUCUUCAAGAAGCCAUUCCUAUUUCGAAUCCAUGAUAUCUUACAAGAAAUUUCAGAACGAAGUUUUAAAAGAAUACUUGAGACUCAAAGAGCUUCCCCAAAAAGACCUGAAGUUCCUUCUGUCUAACCACAAAAGCCGAGAGGACUCUCUUGGAGACUCGGAAAGAAAGGGAUUUUGCAGCUGUGGGACCAAGAAAGGUUCUAAAGGAAACAAUUUCAAGAAGAAGCAGAGCAACCCUCUUAUGUUCUGCAAGUAUGAGAGUUUUAAGAGUCCAAGCCUGGGAUAA